UGUAGCUGUCCCCCCUCCCUUUCUCUCCCUUUCUCUUGAAGGAGACAUUUGGGUGGUGAGUUUUUAAGUCAGCAGUGAGUGCACUCUACACAAGGUCAAAAAAAAUCUCUGCAUGUUUUCCCUCUGACCUAUUUUCAAUUACUUGUUUGGUAACGUGGUCUUGAUCCAGCUUCAGUCCCUGCAUCUUGUGCAGUUAUGGCUCCUUCACUACAGACUGCAUUUCGGCGCCGAUGGUGGAUUGCAUGCACCGCGGUGUUAGAAAAUCUUUUCUUUUCUGCGGUCCUAUUUGGAUGGGGCUCUCUGCUCAUCAUGUUACAGCGAGAAGGAUUCUAUUCACACCUGUGUACAGAAACAAACUCAUCAAGUGAUGAACCAUUAUCUAACAGCACAGAGGCUGCGAACUCCUCCUCACCGCAACCUUGGUUAACAUGUACUGCCCAAGAAGAGAUGCUGAAUUUAGGUUUCACAAUUGGCUCAUUUUUGUUGAGUGCAACAACCCUUCCUUUGGGAAUACUCAUGGAUCGGUAUGGACCUCGUCCGCUGAGAUUAGUUGGAAGCUUCUGCUUUGCAUUAUCUUGUGCUCUGAUUGCUCUUGCAGGCUAUGAUCAUUCAGUUUUGGCACCAUUGAUAUUUCUUGCGUUGUCUCUGAAUGGGUUUGGAGGUAUCUGCCUGACUUUUACAUCUCUGACGCUACCCAAUAUGUUUGGAAGUUUGCGUUCCACCAUGAUGUCCUUAAUGAUUGGAUCCUAUGCUUCCUCUGCAAUCACUUUUCCUGCAUUGAAGUUGAUAUAUGAAGCAGGUGUCUCAUUUGUGGGAAUUAUGUUAGGCUGGUCUGCUUUAGCCUGUCUUAUUUUUCUCAACUGUCUUAUCAACUGGCCCAAAGAAUCCAUCCCAUCACCUGAAGAGACUGCCUAUAAGAAGAAGGUCACCGUGCAUACUACCGCUUUAGACCACAAAGUCACAGGAGACCAGGCGUACACCCAUGUCACCUCUGUUGGUCAAAGGUUAAGUCGGAUAGGACAAUCUGAACAAGAGCACUUAUCCAGUGAAGAUCUGACUAAGUCAGAGAAAAGCAACGCUCCUUCACCUACUUUCCUGCAAAGUGUACGCUCCCCGAUCUUUUUGUUCUCUCUGAUUACCAUGAUGAUGACCCAACUCCGCAUUAUUUUCUUCAUGGCAUCUAUGAAUAAGAUGCUUGAGUACUUGGUGACAGAGCAUCAAGACAAUUCUGAUAAAGACAUAAGGGUAGAAAUAACUUCUACAGUUGGACUAUACUCUUCAGUUUUUGGAGUGAUGCAGCUCCUGUGCCUUUUCACCUGCCCUUUCAUUGGCUUUGUAAUGGACUGGAAGAUGAAAGAAGGUGAUGAAAGGUCUAAAACCAUUCAGAAACUCACCAAUGCAACCCGGGCUUUCAUUUUUACCAACAUUUUGCUUAUUGGAUUUGGAAUUACCUGUCUAAUUUAUAACCUACAAGUGCAGUUUAUUUCAUUUGUUCUUCAUACAAUGGUCAGAGGUUUUAUCCACUCAGCCUGUGGAGGAUUAUAUGCUGCUGUGUUCCCAUCAGGUCAUUUUGGCACGUUAACAGGGCUGCAGUCCCUUCUUAGUGCAGUGUUUGCUUUACUGCAGGAGCCUCUUUACAGAGUAAUGCUUGGACAACUUGACGGGAAUCCAUUCUGGGUGAAUUUGACUUUGCUAAUUUUUUCUUUCACUGGAUUUAUUCUUCCUGGAUACCUACUUUUUUACCGGCGCCGCCUAAUCCACCUUCAAGAUGGAGAGAAACAAAAUAAGGACCCUGCUGCUAUUCAACUCAAUGAAAAAAACCACCCCAAUGGCAUCACCGAAAGUGACACUACAGCUUAACUUUAAAGAUGGCUCUGAGGAGAAUCAUGCAGUUGUAUUAUAGAUGACAUAAAGGCCUUGAUUUAAUACGCUUUUAAAACGAUUCAAUACUGUUGGAAAACUUUCCAAAUUGUAUCUACAGUAAUUCCCAUAGACUUUAAUGGUGUCUUAUGUAAAUAAGUCAUUUGGAAAUGAAUUCUAACAGUAUUGAAUAAUUUGGAAAGCUUAUUAUAUCAAGGCCAAAGUUGAGGAAUAUUUUAGGAGGCCACAGUAUUGUAAAAUAUAUUUAUACUAAAUUUAUAUAAUGGUUACAUGUUGCCAAUAUUUCAAUGUUCGUAACUGUAUGAAGCAUUUAGAGAACAUGCAGAACUUUGUAUGUUUGAAACACGCCUGGUUACAGUUUGGUUAGAUACUAAUGCUGAGGAAACAAAAUGUAAAACACAUGGUUAAUAAGUUGUUUCACUGGUCUCCUUGCAUACUCAGGGAUACAAAAAUGUCCAAUAGCUGGUGCCAUAGGAGCAUGAUGUAUAUUUAACAUAAAAUUAUCUCUUGAUAACAUGGUGCAA